CCAGAAAGAAUUCCUGAUCAAAGAAUGGCAGAAUUAUCAGCCUUGAUCUUCCUGAUCAUACCAGUAGUAGUACUGCAGUACAUGAUUUGGAGUACCAUCAUAUCUAACACAGCUUGGGCUUGCACUGCCACAAAGCUCACAACCUCACCAAAAUUUCCUGCCUUUCUCAUCUUUGGUGAUUCAACGGUGGAUGAUGGCAACAACAAUUACAUUAGGACAUUUAUUAAGGGCAACCAUUAUCCCUACGGCCGCGAUUUCCCUGAUCACAUUCCUACGGGAAGGUUUUCUAAUGGCAAACUUGUUUCGGACUUCAUUGCAUCCGCGCUACGAAUCAAAGAAAAUAUUGUACCUGCUUUCCUUGAUCCAAAUCUUUCUGAUGAAGAACUUCGUACCGGUGUUAGCUUUGCUUCAGCUGGAGCUGGCUAUGACGACUUGACUACAGUUGCAUCUGGCGCUAAUGACUUUAUUUUCAACUUCUAUGACUUACCCACGAGGAGGUUACAGUUCAACAUUAGUGGGUACCAUGAAUUUCUGCAGAAUAGGAUACAAAUUUUCAUCGAGGAUUUAUACAAUCUGGGGUGCAGGAAACUUUGUAUAACUGGGCUUCCUCCAAUCGGCUGCCUCCCCAUUCAAAUGACUGCAAAAUUUGAGAAUCCGAGGGAUAGAAAAUGUCUAGAGGAUGAGAAUUUAGAUGCUGAAAAUUAUAAUCAAAAGCUUGCAAAGCUGUUACCUCAAGUCCAAGCAUACCUUCCAGGCAGCAAGAUUGUCUAUGCAGACGUGUACGAGCCUUUGAUCCACAUGAUUAAUCAUCCUGAAAAAUAUGGAUUUGUGGAAACAAAAAGAGGAUGUUGUGGGACUGGGUUGAUUGAAGUGGGGCCCUUAUGUACUCCAAUCACACCGAUAUGUAAGAAGGCUUCAGAGUACUUGUUCUGGGAUAGCAUACAUCCAAGUGAAAUUGCAUACCAGUACCUUUCUAACUACAUGAUGAAGACGGUCCUUCCCAAGCUAUUGUAUAUCUAA